AUGAYAWACYGACCACUAAUCGGURUUUUAGUCCAAGAAUAUUGGGAUCAAAAUACAGURACCCACUCUUASAUAGCGGACAGUUAUGUUAAGUUUUUARWAGGUGCUGGCGCUAGGGUGGUACCGAUACUUAUUAAUCAAACCGAAACAUAUUAUCGAAAGAUAUUUAAUAUAACAAAUGGUUUGUUACUACCGGAUGGGGGACAGGACUUAAAGACUUCUGGUUACUCAAAGGCAGGCCGUAUAAUAUGGCAAUUGACUCACGAAAACCCUGACCGUCGGUACCCUAUUUGGGGUAUCUGUCAAGGCUUUGAAUUUAUAAGUAUGUUAUACGGCGGUCAACUCAGUAACUGCAACACCACUGAUAGGACAUAUGAAUCGGAUCAAUCUAUAAGCUAUAACUUGCACUCGUAUUGUGUAAAUGAGUCGACAUUUCAAUUAUCGGCACUAAAAGAUCACUUCAGAAUUAUAUCGACCAAUAAGGAUGACAAUGGAUAUCAGUUUAUAUCGACCAUCGAGUCGACUGACACUCAGUUUCCCAUUUAUGUUGUCCAAUGGCAUCCGGAAAAGACUAUAUUUGAGUUUAUAUUGAAUACCAAAGUUAAAUGA